GCAAAAACUGGCGGGAAAACGAACCCAUGUCGCACUCUCCGGAUGCAUUUAUAAAUGGUUGCAUUCACUUUGCGCAGUUUUUCUGAGAUGGAAACCGGUAGGCCUAAUUGAUGUAUAAGAGAAGCAGAUGCGAAGAUUCAAAGAUGAAAACGGCCUAAAAGGAUGCCGGGCAUGGCGACGUAGACCGACUGAAGCAGAACGUCUCCCUCUAUCAAGUCAACGCGAGUAUACGAGAUUCAAUUCCAGCUGCAUCAGGUCAGCGAUCAACGUGGUCAAAAAAGCACAGCUCUUCAGUUGUUUAUAACCAAUCACCGGGGCUGACAUCACCCCGACUCUAAUAAUCUCUUCAGGUCGUGUACGGGAUUCGGAUGUCACGAUAUCAAUUCUGUUUAAUAUCUCGUUCUUGUGUUUGUCAGAGAGGCAGGUAAUGGCUCUGAGGGGAGUGACAGAGGGCUGAGUACGUGGAUGUUGAAGGAUCGCAUCAGCUAGGUAGAACGAAACAGGCCAUCACGCAGCACAUACAGUGCUCAUGUUGCAUCCAGACUGCACCCGAUUGCGAAUGCUGCCGAUUCGGAGACGACUGCACCAUCAUGGGAUGUGGCUCGAGCCGUGUUGAGAGCUCUCGAUUCCGUCAGACCUACGGCGAACCUAGCGAGUUCGACACCUGUUCGUCUGUAGUGUCAGCUGUGCGAGACACCAGAGGGGAACCUGACGCACCCAAGGAUGUCCUGAACGAUUACAACAACCGCAUCUCCAACUUUCCCACCCGGGAGCGGCUCAGCUCUCUACCCCGUCGAAAAUCAGCCCCUCGUUCCGCUGUCUCCAAGACCCGGUCCAACCCCAUCCGAACCGACUCGGACUUCAACGAGUUGACCGAGCCCGCGGACAACGACGAUGGGUCGCUGGGAGGCGUGGACGAGGCGAAGGGAACGCAGAUCGCCGAGCCGAUCGGAGACUCCGGGGACUUUCUGACGGCUAGCUAGCUAGCCUCUUUUAAAUUUCAUCUUGAUAAAGAUAUAGAUGAAAUUUGGUCCAGAAAGUUAAUUCAGACCGUGCCACUUUUCAUACUAAAUCAAUGAACCAUGUGCCACUGGUUUCCAGACAAUUUGCCUUCGACUGAUAGUUUCGAUCGUACAAAAAGUGAGGCGUCAAAACUUCAACAACCUCUCGAACCCAGACGAACUGAAAAUCACAGAAAGUUAACAGCUCACUUUCUUUGCACUGAGGACAAAAUGCUACGACUGCCAAAGAGUAUGAAAGGUCAUAAUUCUUCGAGGCUAUGUAAUUUUCGUAGCGGUGAUGGCUGUCGACGUUUCAAGAAGCAUAUACUAUGGUAAUCUUCAGCAGAAAUCUGCUAUACUCUGGAAUACGCCAUAAUCACGGUGAAAAAAAAAACAAUAAAAGUAGAUAGGUGCCCAUGAAAGUAGAAGACUGAACGGCGUGCCUAAAACAA